CGGAGGGGGGAAAAUCCCCUUCUCCCCCCCAAGUGACCGGCGAGGACGGCUAGCAGAAGAGGAGCCCCAGGGGUGACCUCCAAAACGCAACCGGUCCUCUCUACCCCCCUGCUUUGGUUUAAGAGACUUUUCCUCCCUUGCAGUGGAAUAGCGGAGAGCAUCCCGGGCUCCCCGUUUCUGGCCCGGCCGGCCGUUGCGGAGGUUCCUGUGGCCACUGCGACUGUUGGACCCAGGCAUCCUGCAUGAGUGAGGAGGGCUCAGCCUGCGAUGGAGCCCUGGCCCCGCCUGGCCCUGGUCCUGCUCCUCGGACCCCUGGCCGACGGCUCGAAGGCCGCCCCGUCCAAAGAGUUCACCGUGAAGGACAUCGUCUAUCUUCACCCCUCAAAGGCCCGCUACUGUUACACCCAACACACCAUGGCGGCCUCCGGAAACAGCGUCUCCGUCACCAAGCGCUGCGUGGCCCUGGAGGACUGCCUCUCCACUGGAUGCGUGGACUCGGAGGUCGAAGGACACAAGGUCUGCACUGCUUGCUGCCAGGGCAACAUCUGCAAUCUGCCACUGCCUCGCAACGCUUCGGAUGCCACCUUCGCCACCACGUCUCCCAUCAGCCGCGCCGGGCGGCGGGGGCACCGCCUGGCCCUGAUCGCCUCGUGUCUGUGCGCCUGGCUGGGGCUUUCGUCCUAGCGAUGCCACGUCGUGGGGUGAGACGGCCAAGCCUCGCUGUGGAGCGGACGUCCUGGGGUCGACUGGGCUGGGGCUCCCUGCCUGGAGAUGCAGCAAGCCCGGGGAAGCAGGCUGACAGUCUCCAGGAGUCCGGAGGUCUCAGAUGCUCGGCAACUGGGUCGGUCAUUUGGAAGGAGGUCCCAAACGCCUGACGGAUCUUUCUGUUUCUGUUAAAGAUCUCCCCUUCUACCCCCAGUCUGUCUUUGCGGAGACUUUCGAUUGAGCUCUGGGGAUUGCGCCUUCAACCCGGAGCUGGGUGGGUUUUUUCCGAAGGAAAACUGACUUUUUCACUCAAGGAUGAGGCCCAACUGGGCCCAGAUUCUUUCCCCCUCUUGUGUUUCUGGGUAAGGGAGGUCGGGAAGGGGGACUGUAAUAGAGUCGCCUUGGGUGAUGUGGAUGUAUUCCCCCUGCACUCUCCUCCAGUUGUCAGAUGUCACACCUAUUUCCAGCAGAUAGCAAUGCUCCUCUCUUGAGGGGAGAAUUUCUGGUGAGAAGAACCGGAGGGGAAUCCAGCUUUCCAUCAUGUUUAGCAAGGUGCUUAGCUGUGCCUAAGGGAAGCCCCUGGCAUUGAAAAAGUCAAUCCCCAGAGGCUUUUCUGGGCCUGAGUGAUUGCGAAUGGCAAGGAGAGGCUGCUGGAGCAUUUUGUUGGGGUGGGUUGGGAACCUGAAAGUCUCCAAGGUGGUAGAAGAUGAGUCCAAGAGAGUAUAUGGAUCUGAGAGUUUAUAAGGUCCAGCUUGUCUAUGCUUUUGGCAUUAGCUCUGAUUAUCAUCGUCAAUGGUAUUUAUUGCACGCUUAUUAUGUACAGAGCACUAUAUUAAGUACUUUAAAGAGUACACUACAACAGAGUUGGCAGGCACGUUCCCUGCUCACAAGGAGCUUACAGUCCAGAGGGACUUGUCCCUGCUUGUAAAUCAUUCCUGCAAUAUUUAUUUCUGUAGACCGCCACUGCAAACUCUCACGGUGCGAGAGACUGUCCACCGUUCAGAUGGACACACCCAGAUUGAAAUACUUCUUUGGAAGAAGAAGUAGCCCAUUUUACUGGUGAGGUAAUUGAGGCAGAGAGAAGUGAAGUGAGUUGCCCGAGGUCACGGAGUCGACAAGUGGACCUCUCGCCAAUCCCUCCUUGGCAGACUGCAUGAAUGACUCAGUAUCGCAGAGGAGGGGUGUGCAUGCGUGUGUUUGUGUGUAUGUUUUCCCAGCCCAUGGGCACGGCCCCCUCCCGGCUCCCUGGAGAACCCAAAAGGGCAUCCAGAGACCCUCCGCCACCUUUGCCCCUAUUUAUUUUUUCGUCUUCCCUCAGCUUGCACCCCCUUCCCCUCUCCGGGUACCCCUCCCCAGCCCUGUAUAUAUGUGUACAUGGAUGAAUAAAGGAUCUACAGC